AUGUCUCUCUCACUCUACGAUAUCUCUGUUCCUCCUUUCAUCAAACAGUUGAAGUCUUUACAAAAAAUCCUCAACAAAGCCCAAGCCCACGUCGAAAACGAUGAGUCCAAGUUAAUCCACGCCAAGCUCGUCGACGAUAUGGGAGAUUUGAUUUUCCAAAUCCAACGCAUAUCUGAUACCGCCAAGGGAUUUGCGGUUAGAGUUGGAGGUGUGGAAAAUGUCGUGUUGGUUGAUGAUGAGACGGAUUUCGCAGGCCUCCACACCCGCAUCAACCGCACCAUCUCGAUUCUCGAAUCUCUCCCCUCCAAUUGCACCGACGGCAAAGAGACGGCCGAAAUCGUCAUGAAGAUACCUUCUGGCGAUCUUAAAUUCUCUGGAAAAGAAUAUGUGCUCGAGGCUGCUAUUCCAAAUUUCUACUUUCAUGUUGUUGCUGCGUAUGCAAUUUUGAGGAAAGAAGGUGUACCAGUUGGAAAAUAUGAUUACCUAGGAAAAAACUAA